AUGUCAUUGGAAAUAACGUGCAGGAAGAAUUCCUCUGGCGGGCUGCAUGCUGCGUGCGCCGAGAUAGUUUCAAUUAUAAAGAAUGACACGGAAAACAAAGUUAAAAUAAAAGAUGUUAUACAAAAGAUGGCAAAGAAGCAUGGGCUGAAAGACACCCCAAAGCUUUCUCAGAUACUGUCUACUGUCUCAGAGGAGGACACGUCAGUCAUUUCCCGGCUGAAAGUAAAGCCUAUUCGGACGGCAUCUGGAGUUGCGGUGGUUGCCGUGAUGGCCAAGCCGCACAGGUGUCCGCAUAUUGCCAUUACUGGGAACAUAUGCGUGUACUGCCCAGGAGGGCCUGACUCUGACUUUGAGUAUAGCACGCAGUCGUACACUGGAUAUGAGCCAACUAGUAUGCGAGCUAUUAGAGGAAGGUACGAUCCAUACAGACAAAGUACCGAUCGGCUCAAACAGCUUUCUCUACUUGGCCACAGCGUAGACAAGGUGGAGUAUAUUAUAAUGGGGGGAACAUUCAUGUCGCUUGAUAAAGAAUAUCGCAGCUGGUUUAUAAUGAAGCUGCACGAUGCCCUUACUCGAAGAGAGUCGCACACUCUGGAAGAAGCAAUAUUCUUUAGUGAAAGAAGCACAAGCAAGUGUGUAGGCAUAACAAUAGAAACCCGGCCGGACUUCUGUAUGUCCCGACACUUAAAUGAUCUGCUGUCGUACGGGUGCACCAGACUGGAAAUAGGUGUGCAAAGUGUUUUUGAAGACAUUGCCGUAGACACAAAUAGAGGGCACUCUGUGAGAGAUGUGUGCGAGUCUUUUAAGCUUACAAAGGACACGGGAUAUAAAAUAGUCACACACAUGAUGCCGAAUCUCCCAAAUGUUGAUAUGGAGCGAGACAUCCUUCAGUUCUACGAGUUCUUUUCAAAUCCUCGGUUUAGAACAGAUGGGCUCAAAAUAUAUCCUACACUUGUGAUAAGAGGGACUGGGCUAUACGAGCUGUGGAAGAACGGGAAGUACACAAACUAUUCACCAAAUGAGCUAAUUGACCUGCUUGGGCAGAUAUUUACAAUGGUUCCGCCAUGGAUACGGAUAUACAGAGUACAGAGGGAUAUUCCAAUGACUUUGGUCAGCUCUGGGGUAGAGCACGGAAAUAUUAGAGAAAUUGUUCUGUCAAGGCUCAAGGAGCAGGGUCUUUCUUGCAGGGACAUCAGAACCCGUGAGGUGGGAAUUAAUAACAUACACACGAAUGAGCUUCCAGAGAAGGUUGAGCUGGUUCGCAGGGACUAUGUUGCAAGUGAUGGAUGGGAGACAUUCCUUUCGUAUGAGGAUACCUCCAAAGACAUUCUAGUCGGCCUCCUCAGACUGCGAAAAUGCGGGCCUUCUACUUUCCGUGAGGAAUUAUUGGGAAGAGUUUCUAUAGUAAGAGAAUUGCAUGUUUACGGAAGUGUUGUACCAGUUAAAGGAAAGGACUUUUCAAAAUUCCAGCACCAAGGAUAUGGGAAAAUGCUAGUAGAAGAGGCUGAGAGAAUUGCAAGAGAAGAGCACGGGUCUUCAAAGCUGGCAAUCAUCUCAGGGAUUGGAACCCGUAAUUACUACAGAAAGCUUGGAUAUGAAAUAGACGGAGUGUACAUGUCUAAAGAACUGUAAUGAGUGCACAGCCAGAAUGUGUAUAAAGUACGCUAAAGGCUACAACAAAGUAAAUUUAAAUCAAUAAACAUAUAUAGCA